UGGUUAUAUUCAGUGCUACGCCUCAGUGCUCUCUGGUAGUAGAGGAAUAGAAAAAUGAAGAUAAUUCUAAUUGUCAUUGGCUGCUUUGGAGUGGCGUUCGCCGAAGUGGCUAAGUUCGAGAAAUGUUAUGGCUGGUCCGACGACAUUUGUAAAGUGGCAGAAGUUCGGAUAAAUCCAUGCAAAAAUAAGAAUUUCUGCGUGCUUAAGAAAGGACAACAAUCGUCCAUCGAGUUUGAUUUCACUCCGAUGUUCAACGCCCAAAGACUGACAUCGAGUCUUUUCUGGGCAAGUCCCACAGGCGACUUGCCCUUCGACAAGUUCACCGACGUCGACGCCUGUCUGUACAGCACCUGCCCAACCGUCUCUGGCACCCAACAGCAGCUCUCUUACAGCUUAAGGCUUGAUAAGUUUAUACCUAAUGGUAUCUACACGCUCAAAUGGAGGUUGUGGGACGCUGAAGACGAAAGCAAAGAAUGCUGUUUCAAGACCAAUGUCAAGAUAAGAUAAUUGGUAUAGGUGUCUAGCAUAAAACAUAACGAUGUAAUCAGUGGCGUUCUCUGGCUGCUUAUCCAGAGUAGGGAAGAUUUAGGCUAAUGAUAUAUUAAAUUCCUUAUCCAAUACAAGCUAUAUUUGAGAUAUAUACAUUAAAUGUCUCGUUGGUCUAGUUUUUAUAAUAUUCGGCUUCAGAUCACGACAUCCUGAGUUCGACGGAGGAGAGUUUAUAAAUUGGCGGUAACCCCCGUGCCUAGGAGAGCACGUUAAGCUAUCGGACUUGCACCUGAUCUCUUACCAGUCGUGUCGGAUCUGCUCCGGACUACGAGAGUGAGAGAACAGAGAGUUCACCUGCGCAAACGCACACGCUUGUACACUAUAAUCUCUCCCGCGUAGUUUGGAAAAUAUCUCUGGAGUUUGACUACUAUUAUCUAUUAUUAACAAUAGACAUAGUGCGUAUAGAUUCAAAUCCCCAAUAUAGUCAGAUUGUUUCCGGUGUGUUUCGUCGUUUAAUGACGGGUUCAUCUCGGUGGAAUCUGCCUUCCGAAACGGUGUAUGUUCACUAUAAACAGUCCGGUUUUACGUUAAAGAAAUAUUGAUUAAAUAGACCUCCGUCAAAGAAUGAUUUUGUUUUUUCUAACUUUUUGGUAUCACGCUCAGUUAUUCAUAGCCGCUUAUUAGUAUUGGGGCAGAAUUUUUGCAUUUUAUAUCAUAAGCUAUACUUUCCUACCCUGAUGGAAUAUCUUCAGGGUCCACUGUACUGAAAUAAAAUAUAUUAUGAAACAUG